AUCGUUCUACGUCUAAGCUUGUGCUCCACUCGCUAUGGGAUAGCCUUUACCAUGCACAUGUGCAACUUCAUAACGGCGGCACAGUGUACUGUCCUAAACAUCACCAUAGUAGCCAUGGUCAACAGCACGGACCAUCGGUUCCAGUUUAAUGAUUCUACCGAGGGGCUGCCUGGUGACUCAUUUGGUGACCGGAAUAACGCCCCAGACAGUCUCCCUGCAGGGGUCCCUGUGUACAACUGGAGCCCUCAAAUUCAGGGCAUCAUCUUUAGUUCUCUCAGCUAUGGCCUGAUACUGAUGCUGUUUCUCAGUGGAUACCUUGCUGGAAGAGUAGGAACAAAGAGAGUGGUUGGUGUUUCUUUGUUUGCAACCUCACUUUUCACUGUGUUCGCCCCUCUGGCCGAGCUGGGAUUAGUUUCCUUCAUUGCAACUCGAAUUGGACAGAGCAUAGGCCAGGGAUCGGUAUUAGGGGGUCAGCACACGCUGUGGGAGAAAUGGGGUCCUCCACAUGAACGAAGUCGACUCUGCUCCAUCAGUUUAUCAGGAAUGAUAUUGGGAAGCUUCACCACCAUCCUCCUGGGUGGCAUGAUCUGCCAAAACCUUGGGUGGCCUUUUGCCUUCUAUAUCUUUGGAGGCAUCAGCUGUGUCUACAGCCUUCUCUGGUUUGUUCUGGUUUAUGACGACCCCAUCUCUCACCCAUGGAUAAACAUCAUAGAAAGAGAAUAUAUCGUAUCGUCCUUGGCCGACCAGAUACACGUCAGCCCUUGUAAGCAGCCUCUUCCCAUCAAGGUCAUGCUCAGAUCGCUACCACUUUGGUCCAUAUGUGUCUGCGGCUUCGGCCAUCAGUGGCUAAUAAUUACACUGAUGGUUUACACACCAACUUACAUCAACUCUGUGUUCAACGUUAACGUGAGAGAUAAUGGGUUCCUGUCUGCCCUUCCCUUUCUUGUCGCCUGGGUCACUGGUAUACUAGGAGGCCAGCUGGCAGAUUUCCUCCUGACCAAGAAUUUUAGGCUCGUUACUGUGAGGAAAGCUGCCACAUUUCUAGGAAAUUUCCCAUCUUCAGCGCUCCUUGUGGUUCUGCCCUACAUCACCCCCAGCUACAUCACGACAAUGACCUUCUUGAUCCUCUCAUGUGGACUGAGCUCCUUCUGUCACUCAGGGAUCUAUAUCAAUGUCUUAGAUAUUGCUCCAAGGAGGAGGGUAAUCUCCACUCUUAUAUUCAUGUAUUCUGAAAAAGAUGUAGCCCAAAGCUUUCUGGGAGCCCCAAACUUUGAGAAAUAAUAAAUCAUAGGCAAGGACCGCA